AUGGAGCGCGGAAUCCGAAGACGAGCCCAGGCAGAGGCUUUGGGAUUGCGCUACUGCUAUCACGGAGCGCAUCAGGUCACCACAGAUGCAUGCACAGAGGGUGGCAGGGUCUAUGCUAGUUGCAAUGAAUGUCGAGCCCGUGCACGGGAGAAGGCCCAGGAGACCGCCGCCCGUCAAUCGAGGCAUCGACCUGAUGUUGAUGAUGGAGAAGGCGCUAUCGGCGAUGACAGAGACGAAGGGAUUCAAGUGCUGGAUGAGUUUGAUCAGUUCUUUGGAGACGGAUCAGAUAUGAACAUCGACCUCCCAGAAGACGCAGCCCUGGACUCAAAGGCUGAGUCUGCCGUUCGAGAGUUCAGAGAAGCCCUGGAUGGUAUUAAGCUCCAGUACUGCCCUUGCUGUCGAGAAGAGGGCUUCGAUAUCCAUUUGACCGCUCAGGAAAUCUGUGCAAGAUGCACCGCGGAUACAAAUGAGGUCAAACGUUGGUCUGACGCAAACAACUGUAAUCCAAUGCCAAGUUCCCGUGUUCCUCCCUGUCUUCAGAACUUGACCGACAUGGAGGAAAUGCUCAUUGCACGAACCAAGACCAUCAUGCAAGUUCGAUGGACGAAAGGCCGCCAGCUCUCGUACAAAGACCACAUCAUCAAUUUCCCCCAGAACAUCGAAAAUGUGGCUGCUAAAUUACCUCGACUCCCUGAGGAUAUAGAUAUUGUCAUCAUCCGCAGAGAAGGCGUCGAUCUAUCCCAGCACGUUGAUUAUGUUGUCCGACGAGAUAAAGUUCGCGAUGCCCUCGAAUACAAGAUUGCACAUGACCCUGACUACGCAAACUUGGGCGCACCGGAUGAAGCCACCCUGUCACAGUUGCCGCUGAAUGGCAGUGUGGUAAACCGACUUUCUGUAUGCCGGGAAGGUCGGCAGGAUGGACAAGCAGCAAUGCCUGCGGGUCCUGUUCAGGCAGCGGCUGUUUCGGGCGACAAUGAUGAAGAGGGAGAAUCAGCAACGACUGUGGGUGGUGUCUUAAAUCUGGGCAACCCAGUGCGAGAGGAGGUUACCGAAAUUCGUGACGGAGCCAAUCGAGCCAUAUCUGGUCUCCGCUACGAACAGACUGUGAUUACUGCGCCUACUGUUGACGCUAAUCCCAUAUCCGAAUACACGCCAGGCUAUAUGACGCGCGCAUUCCCUACCCUGUUUCCCAAUGGUACUGGAGACUUCUUCGCACCCCGUCAACGCAAAAUCGAACUAGGAGAAUAUUUCAAGCACCUACUGCGUUUUGAGGGGGGAAGAUUUGCUCGACAUCAAAGAUUCCCGUGGUUCGCAUUCAACACCCUUCAGCGACACAGGGUUAAAAGCCAGGCCAAGAUCUUUGUGAAACAGAAUCAUGAUGCCGGCCGCAUGACCUCCGAAGAGUUGAAGGCCUUACUGGAGGAAGGAGAUCAAUCAAUUGCUCGAAAGAUGAUUCGUUAUGGGACCAAGCUCCGUGGCACCCGAGCAUUCUGGCAUUCUCGCCGCAAUGAGCUCACGGACAUGAUCAGAGUGAAAGGCUCACCCCACCUCUUCUUUACACUCAGCGCUGCGGACCUGCAGUGGCCGGAUCUGCAUCACCAUAUGCCCAAAGAAACGGACGCACCUGCGGGAAAUCCAGCAGCGGAAUGA